GGUUAAAUCCACGAGGGGUCAAACCAGUAGCUUGGACGGAAACAGUCAACUUUGCCAAGAGGGGCAUUCCAGUUAAGAGCCGACGUCAUAGUUUAAUGAGCUCUAGGGAUGCGGCCUAAUGCUCUUCCGAUAUCCGAAAGACGGUCAUGUGACACUCACUGGACAAUCCACGUGAUGAGAAAUGGGCGAGGCUUGUGUUAGGUAAGCGAAUUUGUAGUGGCAGAAACUUCAGAUCUUGGACUUCAAGGUGUUUGGCAGGGUCCAGCUAGAACCACACGACACGCCAAUUGCCGUGGCCAAUCGUCUUUAACCCAGUGCACGAGGUCCAUACGAGAAUCCAACACCUCAACCAGCACUCCCAUACCCUACGUGCUCCUAGACGUUUCAAUUCGUCGUUAUAAAACUUCAAAACACAUCAUGGAGUUCCGAACUCUCGCACGACCAGCGGCUCGGCUACUUAGCCCUCGCCCAUCAGGCCUUCCUAUCAUUCCCUGCCGUGGCCACAAGACGACAAGCCGAACGAAACGCUCUCUCAAGAUCGCCCCUCACGAAUCUUUCCUCCCCGACCGAAAGGCCGCCUUCCCCGCCGCCGACUCCAUCAUCUACAACCCUCCUUCUUCAGAGGCAUCUCCUCUCCACACACCCUUCCUCUUCCUCCCUCCCAACGAUGCGCGCCGUGUAGCCCUCACAAAACUUCGACACACUCCCGGUUCUCCCCUAGAGCCUCUCUCAUCGAGCAAGCUACCCCCACAGAUGAAGUACAACCGCCGCAGUCCCAACUACAACCUCACUGCUGCCGACAUCAAGGAGAUGAAGCAACUAAGGCAAGAAGACCCCGAGACAUGGACUGUCAACAAGCUUGCUGAGAAGUUUGGCUGCUCUGUUAUCUUCGUAAAGAUGGCGGCUCCCGCACCUGAGAACCACCUGGAGAAUGUCAAGCGCAAGCUGGAGAGAAGGGAGUCUCGAUGGGGUGCUAUCCGAACCAACGCAAGAGAGGAGCGCAAGAGGAGGACGGAGAUGCUGUACCGUGGAGAGUUGUAGGGUGUGUCUUUUUGAGGUGUGAAUGAAGUGGCCCAGCGAUCAUCUAUCAAACUUGUAUAAACACAUAAAAUCGCCAGGAGCUUAUGUAGGAUUAUGAUUAUGGGAAGCUGUGAAAUGUGAAUCAUGCUGGAUUCAACCCAUUAAGUUGGGUAAACUCUCUGUAUAAUGCCAAAAAUACC